GUGUUGUUUUGACAAAAAGACGUUUAAACCACCCAUUGGAAAAAUACUGUAGUAUACAUUAACAAUUACUGUAGAAACGAAUAUAGUAAAUUGUAGUUUAUUAUAGUUAUUAGUAUACUUUGUUAAUGUGUCCUUAAGUAUUCUUUAAUAUUAGUACAUUUAUAAUCUGUACUGUAGUAGCACCUACACUUUAUGUUUACUAUGAUUCAAAAACACUAUAAUAUAGGAAUUUAUCUAAAUACUACUACCCUAAAUUUCAUUUGGGCAACAACCAGUUAAUCCUUCCCUAUUUAUUGAUUAUUUAUUUUAAGGCUCGACCUUGGCCCAUGUAAAUAUUUCGUCACAUACAACAAUCCAUCUCUAUAUCACUGAGCUUUCCGGUUUGGUGCCCACUUUUCUUGAUAAUGAGUUCCCCCUGCCGGAUACACACCCGAACAACAGCGUGUUUUAACCGGGGGUUCACCGGGGGACACGCGUACCGUCUGCCCUACAUAGCGCGCACCCUUUGUAGGCCGAAGUGUCAGCUAAGGACGACUCGCAACCUAGAAACCGACGGUUCGCCCCUCCCUCCCUCUCACUCCCUCCCUCCCUUCGUCAUUCGAAUUGUAAACGCUGACUGAGGGUCUCUUGAGGUAAAAACUUUUCUAAACACACACUGCCAUCAACGUUUACUGAAAAGCUGACAAUGUUUACAACGAACAUAGUUGUCUGUUUAUAAAGAAAAAACUAGAACCCUCACGAGUCUUUAUCACAGGCGCUAUCCUGGGCAACUGUUGUCUUCUCGCAUAUGACAUCAUCCGUGUCCUUUGUGUACAGUUGCCAGGGGUUACGGGGUGACAUUUCAAGUGCCUUAGAUAUAUUACACACGCGCGCGCUCCCGUUUCUGUUUUCAAGGGUUAAAGCAUAAACUUUAUGAGAUGGCAGAGUCGGGUGUGCUUAUCACCGAGUCUGUCCGUCCGAGCCCGGUGUUUACGGAACCGUACGAGCGCUCGGUGCAGUAUAUGGAAAGCAACAAUAUUCUUCAGAUUUUCCAGGAGAUCACAGAGAAUCUGAUAUUGAAUAGACCUGACGAUCCUCUCCAGUUCAUGUUAGAACAGGUGCAAAUGAAGAUUAAAAUCCGUGACAAGUCACGUAAAACAUUUCUGAAAUCAUAAUGAAUUUCAAAAACAAAUUAACAAGGACCUUGCAGAAAAACUUAAAACAGUUGAUGCUUAUUGAUUCAGUGAUUCAGCAUUGUUGUUUCCAAGCAACUGUUUUUGGAAUUUUGUAGAAUUAUUUAUUUUUGUUUUUUCUUUUGUAUGACACGUUCUAUUGUAUUACACACAUGACUCAUACUCAUUCGCUUUCAAAUCAUGCUGUAUGGUCUCAAUAAAGUAGUUUUUGAGUGCCUUUGACAAUGAAAAAUAUUUUAAUAGGUUAACAUUUCAGGUAAAAAUCUUUAGAAGCAAUUUCUGCCUGAUUUUUAUUAUUAUUUCAGAAUCACAAUGGAAAGAUUUGCAUGUGUUCUUUUACAAAUCUUUUUUCUAUAAAUGAACUAUAGUGGAAACAUUUUGCAGUCUAUACAUACCAGGUUUUCUCAGGCAAAUAGUUCGCUGGACAUUUGCCACAUGCACAAAAGCAGCUGGCUUUUACACUGUACUCAAAUUUCCAUGAUGGAUUUUGACUGCAUAAGUAAAGGACGUCUUUGUUUAUAGUUGGCUCCUCUUACAGUGUGUUCUGUAGUUAUCUACAGUACAUUCUCUCUGGUGGAUCAUCUGGUGUUUCAAAACCAGUUUAGCAUAAGAUUUCACUCCAAUUUCAUAAAACAGAAAACUCAAGGGAUCCUAUACGUUUGAAUCUUUUCUCCACUCACAUUUUUCUGAGAUUAGUACAGUGCUUGCAUUUACUAUCUUCUGUAAUAUAUUAGGAAAUUGCAAUGAGGAUUGUCAAUUUGGUUCUGUUUCUGUAAAAUUCACCAUCAUCAAAGAUGCAAUGCCAAUCGGAUAAAUUUGAUAAUAAAUGCAUUUGUCUGUUCAACUGGAUUUGUGUGUUUACAUUUGCAUUUAUUUGAUAUUCACAGUUCCCAUCUGGUUUAAUGAGUUUAACAUGUAUAACAAGUUCUAAUGUACAUGUACUAAUGGUGGAAAAUAUGCAAAUAGAAAUAUAAACCAUGACUAAUAAAAACAAAUACUAUGGUGUCCUUGAA